GAAACAGACUUCUGUUGGGCAGCUGUUGGAAAAGAACUGAAGGAGUGUGAGCCGUCAGAGCGGAGUCAGUGCAGCUCAGUCAGUCCGCGGAGAGGACACAGCUGCUCAGUCAAAUACCCUUUUACGCACCGGGGAACUACCUGGAAACGCAACUGUUGGCACUGUGACAACAAGGAAACACCCGUUUCCCUCUCCAAAUCCUGCUGGAAUAUUCUGCUUGAUUUUUGCCAACACAAUUUGAAAUUACUAGUUAAAACCCGGAGUGCAUCUCUCCAGCAGAAUGAAGGGAUUUAUUCUUGUGGCGCUUCUUGUCGCCACCGUCUCAGCGACCAAGUUAAACGUACCGCGACUGAGACUGUCAUACAAAGACCUGCUGUCCACCAACAGGUCAUCUAUCUUCAGCGGUCACCACGGCCAGCUCUCUCUUACCGCCGUCUUCCUCGAUGAAUACCGGGACCGCCUCUUCCUCGGAGGGAAAGAUAUCCUGUACUCUCUCCUGCUGGGACCCACCAGCAGCGAGUCCAAAGAGAUUUUCUGGCCCCCGUUACCCGGCAAUAGAGAGGAAUGCAUUCAGACGGGAAAGGAACCGCAGGUAACCGACUGA